CUGCUUCUGUAUUUGUCUGGUUCCUCUCAAAGGACAUUCCCUUCACUGCUGCUACAGGAAGACAGAGUGUUUGGAGGGCAUUUGGAUCUCAGUUGGUGUCUGAGGUGGAUCUGAGAGCAUUUUCCCUCCUGUCAUCUACUGCUGCGCUCUCAGUCCUCUCUCCACGCGCGUUAAUAUGGACUCAGAUGAGUUUGUUUUAACCCCUUAAGUGUGAUAUUUAGGCGCAGGACUCUUUCAGAACAGCGUAUGAGGAUGGAUAUGUUAUUUUACUCUUUAAUCAUACUAAUUCAUGGAAUUAAUGCAGCAUCCCGUUCUGGAAAAAACCUGAUGCCGCACAUGCCAAAUGUGUGUGCUGAGCAGGAGGUGAAGCUCGUGGCUCAGAUGCAGCCAUGCGUCCAGGCCUUCACGCGGAUGGUUAAAGCCUGGAAACAGGGAUGCCAGGGACAGUCGUGGUGCGUGGGCUACGAGAGGAGAACAGCUUACUACACUGCAUACAGACAGGUGUAUCGACAGGAACACCAGACGGUUUACAAGUGCUGCCCAGGAUGGUCACAGCUCAACAGGGAGGCCGGAUGCCUGUAUCCUGUGUGCAGUUACGGCGUGUGCUUUAAUGGAGGUCAGUGUAGAGAAAGUUCAGCUCAACUCUGCCUCUGUCCGGCCGGAUUCAGCGGUCCCAGCUGCCAGUACGAUGUAAACGAGUGUGAAGAGACCAAUGGAGGGUGUGAAGCUCUGUGCUGUAACACCAUCGGCAGCUUCUACUGCAAGUGUCCCGCAGGUCAGAAACUCAGAGAGGACGGCAAGACCUGCCAGGAUAUUGACGAAUGCCAGGUGCAUAACGGUGGCUGCCAGCACAAGUGUGUGAACACCAGGGGUUCGUAUCACUGCCAGUGUAACGCUGGAUCUCGACUGCACGUGGACAGGCGCACAUGCAUCGCCAUCCACUCCUGCAGCGUUGGGAACGGCGGCUGUGAGCAUUUCUGCGUCCAGCAGACGGCGGGUCAUUUCCAGUGCCGCUGCCGACCCGAUUACAGACUCGACGCGGACGGGAAACACUGCAAAUGUGAGUCUGACCACACUGAUGUUCAACUGCAGGACUUUCCCAUGAGCAUUACAGAUUGUAAGUGUUUGUGUGUGUGUGUGUAUGUGUGUGUUUUCUUUGUGUCAGACAUUGAUGAGUGUCAGACGGGCCAGGCGGACUGCGCUCACGGUUGUCGUAACACUUUGGGAUCUUUCAUGUGUGUGUGUCCCGCCGCCUAUGAGUUGGGUGUUAAUGGCAAGCAGUGUUAUCGUAUCGAGAUGGAGAUUGUAAACAGCUGUGAUCAUAAUAACGGCGGUUGUUCUCAUCACUGCGAACAUUCAACCAAUGGACCCGUGUGCAGCUGUAACCAAGGAUACCAGCUGGACGACGACCACAAGACCUGCAUCGAUAUAAACGAGUGUGUAGACAGCAGCUCGUGUUGUGAGCACGACUGCACAAACUAUCCUGGAGGUUACGAGUGUUACUGUACUGCCGGAUAUCGACUGAACGCUGAUGGAUGCAGCUGUGACGAUAUAGACGAGUGUUUGGCUGCAAACGGAGGAUGUGAUCACACGUGUCAGAACAGCGCCGGAUCCUUCCAGUGCUCCUGCAGACGCGGGGACCGUCUCGAUGAAGACAGACACUCAUGUAUAUUGCUGCAGGAGUCGGUGGAGGCGUUGAGCAGUGGUCAGACGGUGGACAGACCUCAAGCUCCGCUCACCAUUCUGCAGGACUAUGAGCAGAUCCUGGAGCGAUACGACGACUACGAGGACGACACGGGAGAACUGCGUGCUGAGAGCACCUUAACUGAGAAAUUCAUAUGUUUGAAUGAUUCGUUCGGCUUCGACUGCAGUCUGUCGUGUGAGGACUGUGCUAAUGGAGGAGUGUGUAACAAACACAGAAACAGCUGCGACUGUCCUGAUGGAUGGACGGGACUCGUGUGCAAUGAGACGUGUCCGGAGGGCUUGUUCGGCAGGAAUUGCUCGUUGAGCUGUAAGUGUAAGAACGGCGGCGUGUGUGAUCCGGUCACCGGGAGCUGCCGGUGUCCACCAGGGGUCAGUGGAGAGCUGUGUCAGGACGGUUGUCCCAAGGGUCUCUAUGGGAAGUUCUGUAAUAAGAAGUGUAAUUGUGCUAAUAACGGACGGUGUCAUCGCACUUACGGGGCGUGUCUGUGUGACCCGGGACUGUACGGAAGGUUCUGCCACCUACCAUGUCCUAAGUGGGCGUUUGGCCCAGGCUGUUCUGAAGAGUGUCAGUGUGUUGAGCAGAACACUGUAGAGUGUCACCGUCAUCAUGGCGCCUGCAUUUGCAAGCCGGGUUAUCGGGGAGACACCUGCAAAGACGCAUGUGAAUCAGGCUUCUUCGGCUCUGGCUGUGAUAAUAAAUGCUCCUGUCCGGCUGGAGUGACCUGUGAUCAUGUGACCGGAGCGUGUCAACCGCAGUGUCCAGCUGGAAAGAGAGGACACAAGUGUGACCAAGAUUGUGUUGAUGGGAGAUUUGGGAUUGGCUGCUCUCAGUCAUGUGACUGCUCAGGGGCACCAUGUGACAGGAUCACUGGCCAAUGCUUGUGUCCCGCUGGAACGUUUGGAAAACGUUGUGAAAAAGAGUGUGCAGAGGGUCGCUGGGGCGCUGAAUGUCGGGAAUCGUGUCCGGUGUGUGAGAACGGAGGCCGCUGUGACCGGCGUAACGGGACGUGUGUCUGCACUCCUGGAUUCAUCGGCAGAUUGUGCCAGAACAUGUGUCCCGCGGGACGUUUUGGUGCGGGCUGUCAGCUCAGAUGUGCCUGUGAUAAUGGAGCUCGCUGCCAUCCUGUAACCGGACGCUGCUCGUGUCCUCCUGGCUGGACAGGCCACCACUGCAGGAAGGCCUGUGACGCGGGCCGCUGGGGUCUGGACUGUGUGAAUGUGUGUGACUGUCAAAACGGUGACGGAGGCUGUGAUGCUCAGACCGGACGCUGUCAAUGUGAGGCGGGUUUCACUGGACCUCGAUGUGACCAGAAAUGCCCUGCUGGUUCAUUCGGCCUGGGCUGUAAGCAUCGCUGCCAGUGUGACAACCAGGCGUCAUGUGACCAUGUGGGCGGAGCUUGUACCUGUGAGAUUGGCUGGACGGGAACAUUCUGUGAAAAACCCUGUCCGCAGGGUUUCUAUGGUCUGGACUGUCAGCAGAAGUGUGUGUGUAGGAACGGAGCUCUCUGUGAUCAUGUCAGUGGUGAAUGUGCCUGUCGUCCUGGCUGGAUCGGCCCACACUGUAACCAAACGUGUCCUGCUGGAUUGUAUGGAGCGAGCUGUUCUCAGACCUGUGUUUGUCACAAUAACAGCAGCUGUGAUGCUGCAAGCGGUCAGUGUGAGUGCAGCGCAGGGUGGACGGGAGACACCUGCUCACAGCGUUGUUCUCCUGGAUUCUUCGGGACGGGCUGUGCUCACAGGUGUUUGUGUCAGAGCGGGGGUUCAUGUGACCCUGAGAGCGGCCGCUGCUUCUGUCCCAGCGGAUGGACAGGUUCAGCCUGUGAACUAGAAUGUGCAGCGGGUGUCUUCGGGUCGGACUGUCAGGACAGAUGUGAGUGUGUGAACGGUGCUCAGUGUGACAGACAGACGGGUCAGUGUGUUUGUCAGGCCGGCUGGACGGGACAGCGCUGUGAGAACGCGUGUGUAUGGGGGCGGUUUGGAGUCGGCUGUGAGGGCCGGUGUCAGUGCCAUCACGGAGCCCCCUGUCAUCAUGUGAGCGGUCAGUGUUUCUGUCCUGCAGGAUGGAGAGGAAGACACUGUGAGAAAGCGUGUCUGCCGGGCUCAUAUGGUCAGGACUGUGUCCAGCGCUGCUCCUGCCCGCCGGGCACAUCGUGCCAUCACGUGUCGGGAUGCUGCGGCUGCCCUCCCGGCUACACGGGCAGCGGCUGCGAGCAGACCUGUCUGCCCGGCACCUUCGGCAUCAACUGUAAUCAGGUGUGUCAGUGUUCAGAGAGAAACCAGCUGUGCCACCCGCUGUCUGGAGAGUGUUACUGUGCGCCUGGAUUCACAGGACCCAAGUGUGAACAGACAUGUGCUGAAGGCUUCUACGGUCCUGGCUGUGAGCAUCGCUGUCAGUGUUUGAACGGUGGAGUUUGUCUUUCGGUCUCAGGGGCCUGUGAAUGUCUGGCCGGAUUCAUCGGGGCCCGCUGUCAUCUCACGUGUCCGGCGGGACGGUACGGGCCGGACUGUGGCCGUGUGGCCGUCUGUGGAAAGGGGCUGAGAAACGAUCCGGUCACAGGCGUGUGUGUCGGGGAUGAAGUCUGUCCCGCGGGCUGCUUUCAGCGCUGUGACUGCAGUAACAGAGGCCUGUGUGACGCUGUCUCUGGGAACUGUUCAUGUGCUCUCGGCUGGACCGGCUCGCGCUGUGAGAAAGAGUGUCCCGAGGGUCUCUUCGGUCCUGACUGUGCUCUUCAGUGUUUGUGUCAGAAUAACAGCACAUGUGACCGAGUGACAGGAAGCUGCCGGUGUGAGCCGGGAUAUUACGGUCAUCUCUGUCAGCUCGCGUGUCCCGCCGGUCUGUUCGGCUCUGGCUGUCAGCAGCACUGUGACUGUGUGAACGGGGCUUCAUGUCAUCCCAGAACCGGACAGUGUCUCUGUCCCGCUGGAUUUCACGGCUCUCGCUGUGAGAGAGAAUGUAAGCAGGGCACAUUCGGUCCGAGCUGCUCUCUGUCAUGUGACUGUGCGGAGGACACACCAUGUGACCCGGUGAGCGGCAGCUGUAUCUGCACCUCAGGAAAGACGGGCGUCCGGUGUGACAGCGACUGCAGUGUGAGGCGGUACGGGCCCGACUGCGCGCUCAGCUGUGAAUGUGAGAACGGAGCUCAGUGCGACAGCAGAAGCGGACGCUGCACGUGUCUGAACGGCUGGAUCGGCCUCAUAUGCUCACAACGACAACCUGCUUCAUAUCACACAACAGAACUACAGAAUCAGGCUGGACCUCCAGAGCUGGACUCCAGAUGUUCAGAAGAGAAUCAGUCGCAGCUCAACACCUCGUAGCGCUAGCAAACACACACACACUGAGCUCAGUCACAGCACAACUGUGUUUAAGAGCUGUUUGCAGGUUCAUCCAGACCCACAGGAGCCUCUUCAGCGAUCACCUUCAAACACACAGAUGCACUUUACCCGAGCUCACACUUGAUCCUUCAUCGCUCUUUCAGGGGAUUCUCGUAUCGUCUGUGUUUCAGUACUGUUGUGAUGCAGAGAUUUUAACGAGGCUGGAUCAUAUUUGACUGGACUAAACAAGAGAAAAGUGUCUUUCCAUUUCAUAACACUCUUGUUUAUUGUAGCAUUUUUUUAUUUUAUAAAAUAGAAGUCCCAGAUGGUUUACUAAUUUGACACAAUCGGUGGUUGAACACAAACUGUAUUUGUUUACCUCUUUGACAGACUGUAACAUCUGAUGAAACAUCUGUGUGGAUGUCAAUAUUGAACUGUACAUGAAGUGAUCUUUCACAAUGUUAGAAAUGGUGCUAGGAUGGCCUUUAUUAAAGGAGGACCUGUAUAUGUUAAUAUUAGAAAACAUUCGCAACUGAUGCAUUUUUAAUGCUUUUGAUUAAUGUUUUGUAUAAAGUUUGGAUUAUGUUUUGUAAAAUAUACAAUUGUAGAUGUUUUGCUAACUUUUUAAUGUGCUUAAAGUUUUUACUCGUGCCUCCCUGGAAUGCUUUUUUCAAAUUAUUAUUACUAAGCAUGUGUUAUGCAUAAAUAUUU